AUAACUAUAACCUAGUGUUUGCGGUUGAAACAGAAAGCCAGAGAGAAGCAAAAGUUUGUGUUUAACUAUGAGGUUGAACAGGUAUACGUUGAUAUUAUUGAGUGCUACCGUUUUGCUUUGUGGGUUCUUUGGAUUGGGUCUUUCUCAAGACGACAGUUUCAUCAAGAUGAAGCUCGGAGGCGUUCACGAUUGCAAGGGCUCCCAAAACAGCGCUGAGAUCGAAAGCCUUGCACGAUUCGCUGUUCAAGAACACAACAAGAAAGAGAAUGCUCUUCUUGAGUUCGCAAGGGUGUUGAAGGCCAGGGAACAGGUGGUUGCUGGCAUGAUGUAUCAUCUUACUCUCGAAGCAGUUGAUGCUGGCAAGAAGAAGAUAUAUGAAGCCAAAGUGUGGGUGAAGCCAUGGAUGAACUUCAAGCAGUUAGAGGAGUUUAAGCAUGCUGAUGAUGGGCCUUCAUUCACUCCUUCAGACCUCGGCGUCAAACAAGAUGGCCAUGGUCUAGAAUGGCAGGCAGUGCCAACAAAUGACUUUGAGGUCCAAAGUGCAGCAAGUCAUGCUGUGAAGUCCAUCCAGCAGAGGUCCAACUCAUUGUUUCCAUAUGAGCUUUUAGAGAUCCUUCAUGCUAAGGCCAAGGUCCUUGAAGAUUAUGCCAGAUUCGAGCUGCAUCUGAAGUUGAGGCGGGGAAUUAAAGAAGAGAAGUUCUGUGUUGAAGUAAUAAAGAACAGUGAAGGAAAGUUUCAUUUGAAUUAGAUGGAGUUCUAUUACUCCUGGAUUUAGCAUACUAUGUUAACAUGUUUAAAACCAUGGAUUGAGGCUUGCUAUCUACUACAUACGAUUGGAACAAUAAAAAUGACAAAUUAAUAACUACACUUUUAUUGUAAAUAUGUAAAUUUAACGUCUACGGUGUAAUAAUGUGUUGAUAUCCUCUUUAUAUAGUGUUA